CUCCCUGCCUGCAUGGCUGCCUCCCCUCCCUCGCCCGGACGCUCUCGCUGGCAGUCGCUCCCAAAAGUGGCACUGAGAUCCGCGGCUUUGAACCAGUAGCGAGUAACCAAGUAAAUGAGAGCUGCUCACUAUAUGUACUGUGCUGCAUCCAUGACUUUACACACCUGGCUGGUGUACGGGCUUGGAUUUAUCUUGGCGCUCUGCUUGACACAAGUGGAGGGUCUGCAGUGCUAUGGCUGCAACAUCAUCCAGGGUCAGCGCUACGUGGACGUGGGUUGCUCCAACCCGGAGGUGCUCACCUGCACCCACUCACACAAGGGCUUCAAGCACCGUUUCUGUAUCAAGACAGAGAGCACUGCACUGGGCAUCGUCCUGACCAGCGGCUGUGCCACAUCCAGACACUGCCAGCAACAAGAGCUGCCUGGCGUCCGCAUCCACUGCUGUGACUCGGAUCUGUGCAACAGCGCCCCCUCCCGGCAACCACAUGCACUACUACAGUACGCCUGCGCACUGGGCAGCCUCCUGUUACUGAGGAUGUGGCUGUGAUGGGAAAAGGGGACACAAACACACUGAGUGUAUUGGGGAAAAAACAAACUGUCACGUCCUCGCCCAUUUGGCAUUUCAUGUCAAAGACUGAAUGGAUUUUAAUGAAGUAUGUUAUUUACUGUGUGAAUCCUGGGAGAAAAGCUUUCACUGUAAAACAUGUCCAUACAACCUACUAGGUGGGUUGCACAUGGGCCAACGAUGACACAGCGGGGUCAAUUCUGGUUAAAGGUGCAGAUUAUUGAAUCUAAUUUCAGUUUUUGUUGAUAUGAGUCAGUAUAUUUUAAAUGGAACACCCCAUUCAUGCCGCAUUCCAGAUAACUGGGAAAUCAAAACCCUCAGAUGGUUAAAUGCUUCAAAAUCCAAGGUAUUAAUCACAAACUACUUCACCAAGAUGCACGAAUAUGAUGUCACACAACAAUGCCACGGCACAGAAAGACUACAUUAACUAUGUUUGUUGGUUUUAACCCUGGUGAUGUAAUGGUACAUGCACUUUUGCAGCAGAUGCAUCAGGAAGGGUACCCGGUUCGUGCAUUUAUUGGUUAUUCUUGUUAUUUUCUUAGGAAAUGUGUGUAAAUAGGUUAAAAAAAUAGGUUUGUUGUCCAGACUGUACAAGAUUGACAUGUUUUUUGUUUACGUUUGAACACAACACUUUGAAAUCAAACCUUGGAAGCUUCAAGUGAGAAAUCCUGAAUUUCUCAAAUGCAGCACAAGUCAUCCUCCAUAUCAACCAGGAAGUACUGUAACCUGCUGUUUAAGAGAUAAAGUAUUACAGGUGGUCCUCGGGUUACAAACAAGUUCCGUUCCUAGACAGUGAAGUCAUGUUUUGGUGCAAGUCAGUUUGUUUCUUCUCUCUCUCAAGAAGUAAAAAAAACAUGGUGAUGACUUUUCUUUAUGGAACAUGUAAGGGAGUAACCCUAGGACCACACGUUAGCGUGCUAUGAUUUGCUAUGAUGCAUUACCAGAUGUUAGUUAGACCACUUUAUUUCUGUCUUAGGCAUCUUUCAGCAAUCACACUCACUCUCUCCACUUGCUUCAAGGGUGUAGACAUUUUACCAUUAAAAAACGACUUAAUCACACAACCUUUCAGUAAAGACGCAGACUAAUUUUAGAAAGGUUACAAUCAAUGCACUUAUACCGUGUGCUCAUUUUACCACACUAAUAUGAGAUAUGUUCUACUUUUAAGGUCACUCAUUUACUCAUUGUGUGUGUGUGUGUGUGUGUAGGGGGGAUCAAAUGAUAUAUAUUUUUUUAGUUUGCUGCUCAGAGCGCACUGCAUGCGGUUAUACAUAACGAUUGUAAGAAAUAUAAUGUACAGUGAAUGCAUGUCAUGUGGUCAGUUAUUGUAAUUAUGAAUAAAAGGAUUCAUAUUUUUCAAA